GUUAUAUGUUCUUGGAAGUUUUAUCUUUGAUGUAUAAUCCUCGCUUCUGAUGCGGCUUCCCGUGAUUUCUGCGUCUUAAAGGCCAAAACGUAUGGGCUUACUUUGCCAAAGAAAGCACAGCAGUUGCACCCUGUUUUGCAAAAACCUUCAGUGUUUGGGAAUGAUUCUGAUGAUGAUGAUGAGACCUCCGUGAGUGAAAGCCUUCAGAGAGAAGCUGCUAAGAAGCAAGCAAUGAAACAGACCAAACUGGAAAUCCAGAAAGCCCUUGCAGAAGAUUCUACUGUAUAUGAAUAUGACAGUAUUUAUGAUGAAAUGCAGAAAAAAAAGGAAGAAAGUAAUCCAAAAUUGCUUUUGGGAAAAGACCGAAAGCCCAAGUACAUUCACAACUUACUAAAAGCAGUUGAGAUUAGAAAAAAGGAACAGGAAAAAAGAAUGGAAAAGAAAAUACAAAGAGAACGAGAAAUGGAAAAGGGAGAAUUUGAUGAUAAAGAGGCAUUUGUAACAUCUGCUUAUAAGAAAAAACUGCAAGAGAGAGCUGAAGAGGAAGAAAGAGAAAAGAGGGCUGCUGCACUUGAAGCACGUUUGGAUGUAACCAAGCAGAGCGAUCUCAGUGGAUUUUAUAGGCACCUAUUAAAUCAAGCAGUUGGUGAGGAGGAAGUACCUACAUGCAGCUUUCGUGAAGCCAGGUCUGGGAUAAAAGAAGAGAAAUCAAAGGGAUAUUCUGAUGAAGUAAGUUCAGAAAACAGAACACCUCAUGAGAACUGCAUUCGCCAAACUGUUGUGAAAGUAGAGGAAAACCCAGAUGCAGACAGUGACUUUGAUGCUAAGAUCAGUGAGGAUGAUGAAAUGGAAGAAGAUAAUAAAGUGAACUGCAGAAGGGAAAAGGGCACAGAGACCUUAAAAAAUGACUCCAGGCACCACAGGAGUCAUACCCACUCACGGUCAUCUAGUGAAGAAAGAGAGCAUGGUACCAAAUACCACACAAAAAGUUCCAAGUCAAGAGGACAUGAGAAAAGAGAAGAUCAGCACCAAGAGAGACAAUCCAGGGAGGACAACUAUUACGCUGACCGUGAUUACCAAAAAGAAAAGAAGGAUUCCCAUAGGCACAGAGAGGCCAGUUACAGAGAUUCACACUGGAAGAGGCAUGAACAAGAAGAUAGACUGAGAGGAAGAGACCAGAGAGAAAGAAGUGAUAGGGAAUGGAAAAGGGAGAAAGACAGGGAGAAAUACCCGUCAAGAGAACAAGAAAGAGACAGACAACGAAAUGAUUAUGACCGACACAUUGAGAAAGGAGGAGAGAAGGAAGAGAAAAGCAAAGAAAAGGAAGAGCAUAUGAAAGCAAGGAAAGAAAGAUAUGAAAACAGUGAUAAAUACAGAGAUAGAGAAAAACGAGAAGUAAGUGUUCAGUCUUCAGAAAGAAAUCAAGAAAGGGCAAAGGAUAGGUUCCUUAACCAGGAAAGAGCCAAUAAAAUGAGAAACAUGGAAAAGGACAAAGAAAGAAACCCAGAGAAACCCUCUAGUUCUGACACAUCAUUGGGAGCAAAACACAGAAUCACAGAGGAAUGCCAAGGGACUGGCAAAGAACAAGAGAGGCCACACGAGACAGUGAACAAGUUUGCAAAGAGGAGCAACAAAGAAACUGUAAUGUCAGCGAGAGACAGAUACUUGGCCCGGCAAAUGGCACGGGUUAAUGCAAAGACAUACAUUGAGAAAGAAGAUGAUUGAUAACUGCCCCAAUAGGAAGACCUGUGGAAGCACAGAAAAUUAUAAUUCCUGGAAAAUGUUGAGUGAACACAUAAAGGAGUGUGUUAACAGAGGUUGGGAGGGUAUUUUAAAAUAUAUUUUCAAAAUUCAUUUUUGGUUUAGAUUUAAGUCAGAAGUCAAUCCUUUUAUCUUGAAUGUUUAACUAAAUAUAUAAUAUUUACUUAUCAAUACCACAUUCUUGGUUGUAUUCAAGCAACCUAAAGAGAGUGCUGAACCCCUGUAGGUACUUAAUGAGGAAAAUUGGCUUCACUACAACCAUUAAAAAAUAAUUUAAAUAACUCUUCUAUGUUGCUUUUGUUGCAGGAGCUGUUUGUUUUAUAAAUGUCAUGUUUCAGAUUAAAAUAUGUGGAUUUGAA